GAAAAGGAGGGCAUAAUUCUAUUAUUAGAAUAUCUUCGUAUCAAUUUUCAGAGCUAAACCCAAGGGUGUCCAUACAAUAAUCUCUCUAAUUGAACAAUGUCCGAAGACCACCACUUCAAGAAGUUUUCUUUUGUAAUUAAUUAACAACCAAGAAAGGUUUUCAAAUAACAGUUCGAACUUUGAAGAUUGGUUUAAGAUUUUGGGGCUGAGAGGCAAGAAUGUCCCUAGAGCAGCUCAAGAAGCAAGCGUUUUCUUUCCUUAAUGAAAGAUUCAAAGUAGCCAGGCUCGUCUUCACUGACGUUACCCACGCAGAAUUGUUGGCAGAGGAAGCAACAAACAAAGAUCCAUGUACCCCUGAUGCUAAAACGAUGACAACCAUAGCUGAGGCAUCCUUUGAGAUAGAUGAUUAUUGGAGAAUUGUUGAUGUCCUUCACAAUCGGCUUCGUAGUGUUGAGUGGAAGCAGUGGAAACAAUCCUACAAAUCACUGGUACUCCUUGAGUUCUUGUUAACCCACGGACCAGAAGAGUUAGCUGACGAGUUCAAGAGAGAUUCAUAUAUCAUCGAAGCACUUGGAACUUUUAAGCAUGUAGAUGAAAGGGGGUUCGACUGGGGUGAAAUCAUGCACAAAAAGUCACAAUCGAUACUACAACUACUGAAAGGAGGCCAGACUUUAAAAGAAUCACGUUUGAGAGCUCUGAAAAUAACGAGAGAAAUUCAAGGAUUUGGUAGUAGUUCAUCACCUUCUACGUCAUCAUCAAUACUGUCACCCAACUUUUCACCAAGCUUUUCGUUUGCAUCAACAAGAACUUCAUCAUUUGGUUCAUAUUCUACUACUUUGAGCCCCGCAUGGAGUGAUUUACAUGAGGGAAACAAUUUUGAAAACUCCCCAUCCCCUGAUGAUGCCUUUGAAAGCCAUAUUUGGGGAAGAAAGGGAAAUGACAACAACUCUACGGAAAAAAACUUUACUAUCAAAGGACAACAACUUUGGGAAUGUCCCCUAAUCGAAGAGGAUGAAUCUCUACUUGACCCUGAGGAUGAGGAAAAGAAACCAACAAGUUUACUGAAUGAAGUUUGCACAAAGCUGGUGGCGUUAAGUCCUACCAGUCUGGAAGGAGCAGGAUUUGGAAAAGCUUCUAAUAAAUGUGAAGAUUGAAGAUUGAAGAUUGAAGAUUGAAGAUUGAAGAUAGAAGUAUUUGAUACUACAUUAAGAUUUUGUUAGCAACUAUAUUUCUAAACAGGGUACCCUUUGUAGAGGAUACUUAAGUAAAAGUUAAGGCAAAUGAAGCAGGCCGAGCCAAGACUGCUUGAUAGCAUACUUGGACGUAUGAAUAACAGGAAAUGUUCAUUUUGUAGUACAACUACGGUAUCAAAUAUUUCAACAGUGCAGUGGCACCCAAGGGAAGACAGACAUAAAAAA